CUGACACAACACAUGUGAUACGGAAAACAUGUAAACAAUUUUUAUCAAAAAAAAAAUUUUUUGUUAUAUCCAUCAUUAAUAACCAUAUUUUGGGAUGUACGACUCUUAAAUUAACAAUUUAUUUAAGGAGAAUCAUCAAACGUAGCAGUUUACCUAAUGUGCAAGGUGGACCCUCUUGGUGACACAUUAAUAGUUAGCAGAACACAAAUUUUUAUACUUUAUCAAGUCAAUAAGUUAAAAAAAUGACUGAAGGAGAAAUUCAGGGUGUCAGGAAGAGAGCCUUGAGUGCGACCAAAGCCGAAGAAAUAAAAGAAGUUCAGAAUAAGGUCAGAAAAAGCCAACCCGAUAAACCAAUUCACAAACCCAGAGACUCCUUAUUUUCAUGGACUUCAGGGUUUGAUAAUUUCACAGGAUUUGUAAAUUGGGCAUUUCUACUCCUAUCUAUAGGUGGUCUAAGACUGUUACUGGAGAAUUUUAUAAAAUAUGGUAUAAGGGUUGAUCCCAUAGAAUGGAUAUAUUUUUUGGUCCAGGGUGAAAGUUCAGACUUUCCCACAUUAAUGUUAAUUCUUUAUCAUAUAGUACCUGUCGUCAUAUGUCUCAUUAUUGAGAAAGCUUUAUCUGUGGAAGUAGUUCCAACUGCAGUCGGAAUGAUUGCGCAUGUAGCUAAUUUGGUCUCCGUCAUAAUGCUUCCAAUGGUUAUGAUACAUGUUAAAGAUGGUUUCAGCCUCAUUGGUGCCUCAAAUGUAUGCACGAUAUACACAGUAAUAUUUCUAAAACUUUGGUCCUACGUACAGGUAAAUAUGUGGUGCAGAAACUCACGCCAAAAAAACAGCAAGGGAUCACUCAGACGCCAGUCAGUUUCACUCAGUAACCUGCAAAGGGCCAAAGAUAGAAGUGAGGAAGACUUGAAUGGUGGUCUUUGUCAGUAUCCUGAUAAUUUAAGUCUAAGAGAUUUGUAUUAUUUUUUGUUUGCUCCUACUUUGUGUUACGAGUUGAAUUUUGCCAGAACUGAGAGAAUCAGAAAACGAUUUUUACUCAAAAGAAUCUUUGAGGUCCUUGUCGGUACCCAAAUAAUUUUGGCCGUGAUUCAACAAUGGAUGAUUCCCUCAAUUAAAAAUUCUUUAGUACCAUUUAGUAAUAUGGACUAUACUUUGGCUACAGAAAGAUUACUAAAAUUGGCCAUUCCCAAUCACCUUGCCUGGCUCAUAAUGUUCUACAUUCUCUUUCACUCAUGGCUAAAUCUUUUUGGUGAGCUACUGCAGUUUGCAGAUCGUGAUUUCUAUGCGGAUUGGUGGAAUUCCUCUAAUAUUGAAGUGUUUUGGAGAACCUGGAAUCUGCCUGUUCAUAGGUGGGCUGUAAGGCAUUUGUAUUUGCCUAUGAUUGAUAUCGGCUACGGAAGAACCUGUGCUAGCGUGGUGGUGUUCUUUUUUAGUGCCUUUUUCCACGAGUAUAUGGUAAGCGUUCCACUAAGAACGUAUAAAAUCUGGGCGUUCAUGGGCAUGAUGGGCCAAAUACCGUUAUCCAUGAUAUCUCGCUUUGUAGAAAAGCGAUACGGUCCAAGGUUUGGCAAUAUCGUAGUGUGGUCAUCUAUCAUAAUUGGUCAACCCUUAUGUAUUAUGAUGUACUACCAUGACUAUAUGGUUAUACAUCACGAGUCAGCCAUUAAAGGCUUCCACAGUUAAUAACAAAUAUUAGUUUUUAAGUAUAAAAGUCAUUUGUUACUUUUAUGCAUCACAAUCAAAAAUAAGUUUUGUUACUCUGCCUACUUAGUGCCAAAGAAUUUUUUGCGGAAUUUAUAUGGCAAUAAUGCUUUAGUUUAGUUUGUGAAAUGUUUAUGAUACCAAUUAUAUGAUACCGAAGUGUGUAUUCUGCUCAAUUAAUUCAAUAUUUAGAAUUUUCUUGUUAUAGUUGUAUAUAAAGUAUAUUAUUCUCUCUAUAACAUUUUUGUAUUUUGAAGAUUUUCAAUUCUAAAUAGUUUGUUAUAUAUUAAUUAUUGUUAUGUCAAGGAAUUUGCCUGGCAAGUCUGUAUUUUAUAACCAAAAAAUUACUGCAGAGAAAUGAAAUGAAGACUGAAUAAGCAUGUUAUCAGAUGUAUACUUUUUAUUGUAUUUUUUAUAUAAAAAUAUAUACACAUGUUAUUAUGCUCGUCAAUAAAAUUUUAAAACAUAAUAUAAUAA